AUGGCCUCCUUGUUCUUCAAACCUGACCAUACCUUCCUGAGGCACAAGGUAGAUUAUCGCAUGCUUGAUCCGGAAUUUGUCGCAUGCAAAUCAUUAUUCUGUAUUACCACAGAUAUUAUAUCCCGCCCUCACUUCGCAGAUGAAAAAGAUGUUAAUACUUUCAGUAUCGUCAUAUCGCAUAUCAGACCGGAGAUGAGAGCAGAAUUUGUUAUAGAACAAGUUGUCUUUCGUGGCAUCAUGACACAACUUCCCAUGUUGUCGGCAUUGGUUGUCACUUGGACCCCUGCCGCCAUUCUCUUUGAACUACUCUGUAGAAUCGUGAAUCGCCCAUUAGGCCUGCUACCCAACCAACAGCCGCUGUUAACAAGAGAGGAUAUCUUACGGGGACUUAGGCGUGCUUAUUGUCUGCCGGGAGUUGAAGCUCAACACCAUGAGGUGCCUUUCCUGAAUUUUCACUUUCACUACUUUGCCUCCGUCAUGUACGCCUUCGAUGUAAUGGAUGAGCCUUUAUUUUUCGUAUUCGCAAUGCGCGACGCAUUAGAAUCCAGCUGGGACAGUGCCUCUCAAUACGACAAGCUCUUCGACUCGGUCUUUCAAUGGAUUCUGCUGAGCGGAGACAGGAUAUUUCAGCUGAUCAAGAGCGGGUUCGAACCGCCAACCCACAAGGCAGCCUAUUAUCACGGGGAACUAUACCAACUCGAGCUUUAUAAGACUUACGGUAGUCACCAUCCUGCCCCUGGCUUGACGAUGCAUCGCUGGGAGUUCUGGAAGCAGCGCAUCGAGGAUACGAUGAUCUUCCUCAUCGACUGCGAACGCCCACUAGCGGUUAUGGAGCUAGAAAAUAUUGCCAGAGAAACUGCUGCGCAUAUGGACUUGUUGUCAACAGUUUAAAAGAUCGAACAGCUCUAACUUGCCGGGGAAGCCGUAGUGGCCAAUACAGAAUAAAGCAGCAAGAUAUAAUUUUAUUUGAGUAUGGUUAAGUUUAAUAGCGAAGUUCUUGAAGAGCUGGAUAGGAUAGCCGAGUAUGAGAUGUUAACCAUACAUACCUUAGGUAAGUAUCUUAGAUAGUUGAAAUUAGC